GAUGGCGGCUGUGCAAGUGGCAGGCGCGCUUCCAGGCGGGCCGCUCCGAGAUACAUCGCAGGAGCUGCUCGCUAAACCCGGCGAUGGAUUCCGCUGCCUGUCGGCCCGACUUUGCGCCCUGCGCCCGGACGACAGCAGCUCCGCCCGCACCGAGAUCCACCUACUCUUCGACCAGCUCAUCUCCGAGAACUACAACGAGGGCGGCGGCGGCGUGGCCCCGGAGGAUGUCAGUACUCUCCUUGUUCAAGCUUGCCGACUGGUGCCUCUUAACCAGAAUCAUCUUGUCAGCAAAGUAUCUCUACUUAUCCACCACUUACUUAACAGAUUACAGGUGAUUGUUGACGAGCAGAACUUGGAUUUCCUGCUGACAUACACUAUUUCAGCUCUUCACCAGUGUAGUUCCUGGACACACAUGAAAAUCCUGCAAGCCCUGGCAGCUCUGGUGUACUGCAAUGGCUCAAAAUGUCAAAAGUAUCUCCCAGACUUGCUAGGCAAAACGGGGCUGUUGGUGAAGAUGAGUGACUUGACUCAGUCUGACCCUGAAGUCAGGAGAGCAGCAGUGCACUGUAUGGCAAACUUAUGUCUCAGUGUGCCUGGACAGCCGCAUUUGGAGGAGCCCUACCAGAGUGUCUGCUUCCGAGCUUUCUUGACCACUUUGCAAGCUCCUCAGUCACCUGAUACGGAUGAUAUCACCUUUUGCAUGUUGUUACAAAAUGCGUUAAAAGGUGUGCAGUCACUUUUGAAUGGUGGGAAGAUGAAACUGACACAGACCGAUGAACUCGGAGCUCUGCUUGCUGUGCUGAAGAAAUCCAUGUUUCAUGGACUCCCUGGACUGAACAUAGAGAUGCCCACAGUAUUAUACCCGACUCCACUUCCUCAGUAUGACGGGCGACCCCCUGCCAAACCCCAACAGCCAGAAUCCGAUGCUUCUCGACCAGUCCUGAAUAAAAAGAAAAAGCCAAAAGUAAAGCCCAAAAAAAGCCAGCAUGGAGAUGAGGAGGAAGGGGAGGAGGAGGACGAAGAGUCCAGUGGUGGAAGAGGAGCUGCCCCCCAUCUGGGUGUUCAGAGUGUGGUGGUCGCUGCAAGUGUCGCUGCAGGAAAAGUCCCAGUCCCCUCAUUCUCCAGUUCCUCCGGCUGGAAGAGGGUCAGCAGCAGUGAGUCGGACUACUCUGAUGCAGAAGGAGGCAUGCAAAGUAAAAUUAGGUCUUACCAGGCCAGAGUGCGCCAAGGAGCAUUAACUUGUUUUCUUUCUACAAUAAAAUCAAUAGAAAAAAAAGUCCUCUAUGGCUACUGGUCAGCCUUUGUUCCUGAUACGCCAGAGCUGGGAAGCCCCCAGUCCGUGUCCUUGAUGACCCUGAUAUUAAAAGACCCUUCUCCCAAGACCCGUGCCUGUGCCCUGCAAGUUUUAUCUGCCAUCUUGGAAGGCUCAAAGCAGUUUCUUUCUGUGGCUGAAGAUACCAGUGACCACAGAAGGGCUUUUACUCCCUUCUCUGUAACUGUCGCUUCCAGCAUUCGAGAGCUGCAUCGGUGUCUUUUGCUGGCUUUAGUGGCUAAAUCGUCCUCACAGACUCUUAUUCAGAUAAUUAAGUGCCUUGCAAAUUUAGUAUCAAAUUCACCAUACAACCGUCUGAAACUCAGCCUGCUGACCAAAGUCUGGAACCAGAUAAAGCCUUAUAUUCACCAUAAAGAUGUUAACGUUCGUGUGUCCAGCCUCACACUCUUGGGAGCCAUCGUUUCCACCAAUGCACCUUUACCUGAAGUCCAGCUGCUGUUACAGCAGCCCUACUCUUCUGGGCUCAAUAGCAGUUCAGCGACUCCCGACUGGUGGAAGAAAUCCCCGUCGGGAUCUGUGCGGGACGACCCAUCAGUGGGCUCCCCCCAGGACUGUGCCGAGCCCUGCUGGCUGAUCCGACUCUGCAUUUCCACUGUUGCGCUGCCCAAGGAAGACUCGUGCUCCGGGACCGAUGCUGCCUCUGCCACGGGAAGCAUCUAUAAGCCGUGCCCUGUGCGACUGGAGGCCUUACAGGUUUUGGCUCAUCUGGCAAGGGGCUACUUUUUCAUAACCCAGGUCUAUUUGAUGGAACUUGGAGAGAUGAUCUGCAAGUGUAUGGGGGAGGCAGAUUCCUCUAUUCAGCUUCAUGGAACAAAGCUUCUGGAAGAGUUGGGUACAGGCUUAAUACAACAGUAUAAAUCAGAUUCUCCCACAGCACCUGCUCAGCGUGUACCAGUCCCCUUGGUCGUAGCCUUCUGGACUAUGAUGCUGAACAGUCCUUUGCCCAGAGCCCUGCAGAAUUCCGAACACCCCACUCUACAGGCAAGCGCCUGUGACGCCCUGUCCUCCAUCUUGCCAGAAGCCUUCAGCAGCCUGCCGAAUGACAGGCAGAUCCUGUGUCUCACCAUGCUGCUGGGGCUGAAUGAUAGCAAGAACCGGCUAGUAAAAGCAGCGACCUCUCGGGCCCUUGGUGUCUACGUGCUUUUCCCCUGCCUGCGACAGGAUGUCAUCUUUGUGGCCGACACAGCAAAUGCAGUAUUGAUGUCACUUCAAGACAAGUCACUGAAUGUCCGGGCCAAAGCAGCCUGGUCCCUGGGCAACCUGACGGACACUCUUAUCACCAACAUGGAUUCACCAGACCCAAGUUUCCAGGAAGAGUUUUCUGGUCUUCUGCUCUUGAAGAUGUUGCAGACAGCCAUAGAAGCAUCCAAGGACAAAGACAAGGUGAAAAGCAAUGCAGUUCGUGCCCUUGGAAAUUUACUUCAUUUUCUGCGACCAUGUCACAUAGAAAAACCCAGGUUCUCUGAGAUCAUUGAGGAGUCUAUCCAAGCCCUGAUUUCUGCUGUUUUGGCAGAGGCUGCCAUGAAAGUUCGCUGGAACGCAUGCUAUGCAAUGGGGAAUGUGUUUAAAAACCCGGCUCUCCCUUUAGGAACAGCCCCGUGGACCUCGCAGGCCUACAAUGCCCUCACCUCGGUCGUGACAUCAUGCAAAAACUUCAAAGUGCGCAUCCGAUCGGCUGCAGCCCUUUCUGUCCCAGGCAAGAGGGAGCACUAUGGGUCCGUGGGCCAGUACGGCCGGAUCUGGAACGCACUGGUCACUGCCUUGCAGAAGAGUGAAGAUACCACAGACUUUCUGGAAUUUAAAUACUGUGCCAGUCUGCGGACUGAGAUCUGCCAGGCGCUGAUUCACCUGCUGAGCAUGGCCAGUGCCUCAGACCUGCCCUGUAUCAGAGACUCCCUGGAGCUGAACAGGGACAUGGUCCAGGCCUACGUCCUGCAGUUUUUAAAGUCUGGAGCAGAGAGAGACGACAUCGGCGCACCCCACAGCUCCCAGGAGAGAGGCCAGAUGGUCAGAAACGCUCUGGAGCACAUACGCUGUGUCCAGGCACUGCCCGGAGACAUGUCCAAAGGCGCCCUGGUGGACUUUUUAGAAACAGUCCUGACUCAGCAUUCCCACUCGUCGGCGUCGCCAGAAGCACCCCUGAAACGGACAGAUCGUUGAAUAUGCUGUAUCUACCUUCCAGGUGUCCAAUGGGAGUCGGAAGACGACGUGUGAGACUCAGAUGAAACGUACAAAGGGUUUCCUUUCAGGUGAAGAAGACCAUCCACUGUUUAUGGAGAAUGAGCUGACAGCGAUUUCAGUUUUUCUCCAGGAGCCUGGCCGGUGUGGAGAGGGGGCCUGUGUUGCGGGUGUGUUCCGGGUUGUUGGGAUCUCUGAUCUGUUCAACUGGGAGCCUGCAAGUUAGACUAUGAGUGGAUUGUGAAGUGUGUAUGGACAAAGAAUUGGGGUGUAAUAAAAUAAUUUUAAAACUAGAAUGUUUCUAGUUGUGUAUAUUUUUAUGUUUCUGGGAAGUAUUUCUCUUUUAUAAUAAAAAAGUGAAAACCAGAUCUGGUUUUUGUCAAGUUACGUUUAUGGCAAGCUACAAAGUACUAACAUUUGGCCAGUUUGUGCUGGUUACAGCUGCUUCCAUUGCUAAAAUACUGCCUGAACAGGACACCCACUGUGCGCCUCCCAGGAUCUCCUAGACCAAGAGUUAACUCCUGGCCUGCAGGGCCAUUCCCUAGGCCAGCACAUGACCACUGGCUCCACUUCCCACUGUCCUAGAGAGGGUGGUCCCCUGUGCUCCAUUGAUAGGAACACUGCCCUCUUAGAGUUUGUGCCUUUAAGAGUUUUUAUAGGGCCACACCUAG